AUGGCGGCGAGGGGUUUUCUAACGCACGUCGAGAAUGCGGCGCGCAAGGUGGUGCUGUGCGGCUCGUGGACGAUGAGCAAGCUAUCAGAGUGCAACACCACGCCUACGGACCGGCAGCAUGUGGCGGAGCAGCAGGUCGACGAUUUGCCGUGGACGCGUGGGCAGGUGCGCGACCCCUCCUCAGAUUGGAGUUUUGAGACAGCCAAUGAGGAUCAGUACCGCUACGGCGUGAUCGAGGGCGACAACGAAUUCCUGGCCGACGACAUCGUCUGCGAUGGAUCGAAUCUUGGUACCGCCUGCUGGGCUCAGGCGGGUUGGGCGGCCAUGGCCAUCGCAGAGGAAGGCCAGUCGCGCGUGCAGCUAUGGUGGCCGCUACCGUGCCAGUGCCGCGUCCAGGAGACGGUGAAGCGAGCCGAGCUCUGGGCGUUCCUGAAGACGUUCGAGGUGGUUUGUGCUGCCGCCCGCGUCCACGCGCGCCGUUCCAAGAGGGCCAUGGGCCAGCUGGAGGGCCUGGGGAGGCAGGUCGCGCAGGGCAGCGAGGCGAACCUGGGCUGGUGGCAUCAGGAGAUGAAGGGUGAGUGGCCCGAUGUCCCCCCUCCUCCACCAGGCCAGCGGCGGCGACGGAUUCCCAGGCUCCAGGUCAGCCUGACCUUGCGCGAGGUGGAGCAGAGGGGGCGCUGGGAGAGGCGGGAAGCGGUGUGCAGGCCGCCUUGGCGCUUCGUGGGUCGGGCUGUGCCCGUCGAGGAGAUCGGCUCGCUGGUGGUGCGGGUCCACGGCUUCGAGCUGCGCGUCGAUGGCGAGCGCGAUGGCCGCGGCGGCCGCGGCCUCAGCAGCCGCAGCAGCGAGCGGCAGCAGCAGCGGUGGUCCGAGCGGGAGGAGCAGGACGAGAGGCGGCAGCACAUGGUGGUGCAGCAACCCCAGACUGGAUACUUUGGCCCUGGCAGCACCUGCUGGGAUGACGCCAUGAAGCGAACUCAGUUGAGCCACUGUCGCGAACCAAGGUACCAGCGGACGCACGGGGAACGCACGAACUUCUGGGACCACUGGAUGAGCGUGUUCGGGCGCAACUGGUGGCUGUGGCCGUGGCCCUUCCGGACCCACCCGCCAGCGGACUACAGGGAGCCGGCCUACCCAGAUCAGGACACGGAUGGCUACACGAGCUACCGGGAGGAGGACAGCUUGGGGAUCGCGGGCACCGAGUACGAGGCCGCCGAGACGUCGAUGGACGACUCGGCUACCGCUGGCACGGGGCACGUGUCUGCCCCCAGGCCGAGGCACAGAUACGGCGCCGGGGACGCCCCGGAGUGACCGCAUCGCGGCGCCGCGCGCGGCCCGCCGGGGGCCGCCGGGGGCCGCCCGCGCGCGCUCGGGGGAGCCCGCCGCUCGGGGCUGGACGAGAGAGGCUUGCAGCCAGGUUUGAUCUCCUCGCCGAAUCCACGGGGAAAUGCGUAAUGUUCAGGCUCGUCGAGCGUCGAGGACCGCGCCCGGACUCCUUGCGCGCGCGCUGACCUGGAGACGAUGCUUCGGCGUGUGGGAAAUAGCGCGACAGGAA